GAUUCAAUAGCAGAAAUAUAGUGAAAUCAGAAGCGCUACUUGCCAGUUAGACCCGCCGACGGUUUUCUAAUUCAAGUGCAGUGAGUGGAGCGCUUCAUCUUGUUUUUACUGCACUUGAUUCAAGAUGAGGUCUUUCGUAAUAAUCCUAACCAUUUUAGGUGCUGCUUUUGCUCAGCAAUGCGGCAGGCCUGAUGUUGACCCCGCUCGCAGCGACUCCGUCGACAAAAUCGUAGGUGGGACCAUUGUGGUGAAAAACAGCCAUCCAUGGCAGAUCCACUUGGGCUACAGAAGUUUUCUUUCAACUCAGUGGAUUUGCGGAGGCACCAUUAUCGGCUCCAAAUGGGUCCUGACCGCUGCCCACUGCAUCGUGACCACAAGUGCAAGUGCCUACACAGUUCGGGUUGGCCAGCACGAUUCCACUCUUCAGGAAGCCACCGCCAAAAAUUACAAAGUGAAGCGCGUUAUUAAGCACCCGCAGUACAAUGACAACACCAUCAACAACGAUAUCGCCCUGCUGGAAAUUGACGGCACCAUUGCCUUUACCGGCUCCGUCAAGGCCGCUUGCCUACCGCCCUCGGGCAAAGACUGUACCGCCGGCUCAACGGCCAUUGCCACCGGAUGGGGAGAGACCAGUCAGAACGGUCGGGAAUCCAUUGGCACACUGUUCCCCUGGAUACAGGAGGAGCGCGCCGUCAGCACCAAAUUGCGCCAGGUCAAAGUUUCAUGUGUGGCACGCACCACCUGCAACCUGGCUGAUUAUUAUGGAGGUAUGAUCACCACCUCCAUGAUGUGCGCUGGAUCCUAUGGCAAAGACUCAUGCCAGGGUGACAGCGGUGGGCCGUUCGUCCAGAAGAACAGCGCUGGGAACUAUGAAGUUAUCGGUGUUGUAAGCUGGGGUAUUGGAUGCGGAGCCAACAAAAAGCCAGGAGUUUACGCACGCGUUGGCCAGUUUGUCCCAUGGAUUACCGGAUAUACUGGUGCAUUGUAGAUAAGUGCAGGCUAGAUGCAACAAGUGUGUGAAGGUCCUGGGCACGAGAAAACGAGGCGAUGUCGCAUACCAUGCUUCCAAUGUUUUGUUUUUCUGUCUUUCACGCUUAUUGUUUCGUUUGCUGUAAGCGAUGUUGAGAUUUAAAACUGAUGCAAUCCUAAACCUAAACGACGGUUGUACCGAAAGCACAAAUUAAAAAUAUUUUGUAA